CGAUGUCUAGACCGAAGGGCGUACCCAAUCCGCCUCAGAUCGAGGACCAUGGCGCGCCCCACCAAGCCCUUUACUCGCGCUCACAUCAACCUUGGCUACGCCCCAGACCACCCCGACGGCGUCAACACCCUCCCCGAGCUCAUCGACUUCAACGCCCGCCACAACCCCGACCAUGUCUUUGGCUUGCAGACCCGCGCCGGUGACGGCGUCCCCCCAUGCCAGAUUACCUUCAAGCAGCUACAGGAAGCUGUGGAACGGGCCUCUGCAUGGCUCGUCAAGAGCGGUGCAACUACUGGUCGUACCCGGCCAGAAGAGAAGGUACCUCCUGUAGGUAUCCUCCUUGGAAGCGACAUCACUAUCUACAUCUACAUUGCUGCCCUACUGAGGAUCGGCACUCCUGUCCUCUGCCUAUCGGCACGUCUGACUCCCGUAGCCAUCGCCCACCUCCUCAAAGCAACCUCCCCCUCCACGCUCCUCAUCAACGGCCAAGUCCAUCGCGCCGCAAAGGAAACCGCCUCCCUCCUCAAUUCCGAUGCCCAAUCCACCUCCACACCCAUCCCCGCCUUCCUCGACGCCAUCGGCUACGAGGACCUCCUGGACCCCGUCUCCCCCUCGCACGCGGGCGCGCCCGUUCCGCCUGUCUUCGCCGCAUACGACCGCACCGCGACCGACGCGAUCAUCAUGCACUCGAGCGGGACCACCGGGCUCCCGAAACCCAUCUACCACGCCACGGGCUAUGUGCUCAUCUACGCCGCGUGCCACCGUCUGCCCGAGCAGACGGAGCCUUGGGAAUUCAACGUCUCGACGCUCCCGCUGUACCACGGUUUCGGACUGCUCGCGCCGUCCCUCGCCCUAUCAAUCGGUAUGCCGUUCGUGUUGCCCCCAGCGACGGUUAUUCCUACUGCGCGCUCGACGCUAGCGGUGCUCAAGUCGACGGGCGCGAGGUCCAUGCUUUCUGUGCCUUCUAUCCUUGAAGACAUUUUGAAUUUGCCUGGUACGGACGGAUUGGACGCACUGAGGAAACUCGACUUCAUCGCUAUCGGUGGUGCACCAAUGAAGGAGCCUGUUGGCGAGGCCCUUGUCAAGCAAGGCGUCAAGUUGCUUAACCACUGGGGUGCCACCGAAAUCGGCGCCAUCGCCCCGAUCGAGAGAAUCCCGCCCGGCUACGACUGGCACUACCUCAUGCCGCGCACCGACAUCGGCCUCAAAUUCAUCCCGACCGUCGACAACCCCUCCUCCAGCACGCAGAGCUACCGACUCGUCGGGCAGGCGCCCGGGUGGACGCAGCCCUUUGUCGUGCAGGACCUCCUCGAGGCGCACCCGGUGCACCCGAACCAGGUGCGCAUCAUGGGCCGCUCGGACGACCUCAUCGUGCUCGCGACGGGCGAGAAGGUGCGCCCGACGGGCAUCGAGCGCGCGGUGGCCGAGCACCCGGACGUCAAGGACGUGCUCGCCUUCGGCGACGGCAUGUUCUCGCUCGGCCUCCUCGUCGAGGUCGGCGCGGGCCGCCGGGCGGGCGACGACCUCACCGAAGGCUCCGAGGCGCUCGAGCGGCUCCUCGCGGAGCUGGACGAGUACCUCGCCAAGGGCAACGAGAUGACGGACAAGCACGGGAAGGUCGCGCGCGAGAUGCUCGUCGUGACGCGCGAGGAGGAGAAGGCGCUCGUGCGCACGGACAAGGGCAGCCUCGCGCGCAAGGCGACGUUCGCCAAGUUCGAGCAGGAGAUCAAGCACUGCUACGAGCGCGCGGACGUGUCCAAGGCGGAGCCCUUCCCGCGCGAUGAGGCUGCGCUCAAGGACCGCGACUUCGACACGACGGACUUCUUCGAGGCGGGCAUGGACAGUCUGCAGGCGAGUCGGCUGCGCCGGGCUAUCGUUAACGCGCUGCGUGUCACGGCCGACCUUCCUAAACCGGUUGGUGAGCUCGCGCCGGACUUUGUCUUCGAGCGCUCCAGCGUCGAGAAGCUUUGGUCCGCAGUGUGCAGUAUCAUGAAGGGCACGUACGUUGAUGGGAAUGCUCGGGAGGCAUGCGCCAGAGCGAGUCGCUCUCAGAAGGACGACGGUGCUGUGGUGCUUCUCACGGGCUCAACGGGCAGCUUGGGAUGCAUGCUCGUCCAGCGGCUUGCCAAUGACCAGGGAGUCAAGAAAGUGAUUUGCCUCAACAGGCCGCAAGGUGGACUGGAGGCCAUGAAGAAGCGGCAGUUGAAAGCCUUGGAGAACAGGGGCGGCUCGUUGUCCCCGGAAGCCUGGAAAAAGGUCGUCCUGAGAGAAUCGGAGAUCAGCCGGCCGGACUUUGGUCUAAGUGAGGACGACUUUGCGGAGCUCCUCGAUGUGACUCACAUCAUCCACAACGCCUGGCCCGUCAACUUCAAUCGCAACCUGGAUUCCUUCGAGCCUCACGUGAAGGCCACUGUCAACUUGGUAAGGCUCUGCCUGCUCAGCACAGCGAAGUUUCCCUCGGUCGUGCCCAAGCGCCUACUCUUCGCCUCGUCGAUCGCUGUAGUCGGCCGGUAUCCUCUGCUACACCCUGAAGGUCCCUUCGAGGUUCCCGAAACCCCGCUCGAGGCUGUCAACACUGCUGAAUUCGGUUAUCCCGAAGCUAAGUGGGUGUGUGAGCAAGCGCUGCUCGCAGCCAAUGAGUUCUACGGCGCGGCUUCACCAGACGGCGAGGAUCCUCUUCUCCUAACCUCCAGCGUUCGCAUCGGCCAGAUGACUGGACCCGAGGGCUCGGGCGCCUGGAACGAGAGCGAGCACUUCCCUCUUAUCGUGCGGACUUCCCAAACCCUGCAGGCACUGCCUGAUCUGGACGGCUCCCUUUCCUGGAUGCCUGUCAACAGGGCGGCCUCUGCUGUUGCAGAGUUCCUGUUCUCAAAAGGCUUCCAACCCAUCUACCACAUGGAGAACCCGUCCCGCCAGUCAUGGUCCGGGCUGAUGUCCAUGCUCUCUUCCAUCCUAUCCAGUGACCCAUCCACCCCAUUGCCCAAGGUGCCUUUCGAGGAAUGGUUGAACCGGGUGAAGGCCCGUGGUGAUGAUCCCGAGUUCAACCCUGCAUACAAGAUCAUGAACUUCCUGGAGAAUGACUUCGUCAGGAUGGCGUCUGGACCCGUCAUUCUGUCCACGGCGCGUGCCAAACAGGACUCGCAGACGAUGGUGAGGAGUACCGCGAUUGAUGGGAGACAUCUGGAGGAAUAUGUCGCAUACUGGAAGCGUGUAGCAGCCUUGCAUUGA